AUGGCAGAAUCAACAAGCUUCGCCAAUCUCCCUGUGGAAAUCCUCCUUCUCAUCAAUUCCAACCUGAAUGGUACAGGUGACAUCAAUGCCAUCUGCCAACUGACACGUCGCCUCUAUCAUCUCUUUCUUCCAGAAGUCUUUGACCGCCAUCUUGCCUGGGCGAGAACUGUUGAUCGCCCUAAGAAGGAGCGCGAUUGUCUCAUUGCGAUAUUUUUGCACGCCGUUAAGUUCAAUUCCUCGAACUUGAUCCAGCAGCUAUUUUGCUAUAGGGAGGUUGUGGAUUUCAAAGGAUGUCUCCCAGGCACACCCUUCUCACAUUACUCAAUCACCUAUCUUCACUUUGCUGUCUCCAUGGAUGCUCCAGUCAUUGCUUCACACCUGAUGAAGCACGGUUCGUCCUCUGAAUUCAGCAUCGACAGUCUCAGCACCACAUAUCCAGAUCUCACACCGCUCUACAUGGCUCUUGCUCGGCCACACCUAAUCACUCAGCAUGAACUCAAUGCUGCUCUGCGUAUCGCCUGCUCCUACGCACUUCCACGCACCGCAGCAUUCCUCCUUGCUCGUGGUGCAGAUGCACGAGCAGUCUCGAAUUAUGGUAUUUCCGUUCUGCAUGCCACUCUCACUCGUCGAGCUCGAUGGAGGUACUUCGACGAGUUCUAUGCUUACAUGGAGCCUUCCGUUCCACCAGCUACUCUGUGGGAGGAGUUCAUCUGGGCCACCACAAAGAAUCUAGUUACUUACGGUGCGAACCCUAGACUGAAAACCGACAAUUCAAGAAUGCAUUCCUGCGACACCAAGUGCUGGCAAUCAGUCAAUUGUGAGCACAGCCAGCAGACUCCAACCCAUCUUGCCGCCGCCAGCGGAUUUCGCAGCGUUGUACGAUACCUUAUCAAGACAGUCGGCCUGGGUAUUCUGAGUGAGAAGAAUGGUGGAGGGUAUACACCACUGUAUGAAGCAUUGGUGCAAGGUCAUGAUGUUACUGCGACGUACAUCCUACGGAAGCAGCCGCUUACUCCCAAUCCAAUUGUCAGAGCAGAAGAUAAUUCGACGGCCUUGCAUAUUGCGUCGAGGUUUGCGCUUGAGCAUGUCAUCACGUAUAUUCUCGAGCACGGCGCGAAGAAUGAUAUCAAUUGCGAGGAUGCGAAGGGCCGAACACCUUUGCACGAGGUCCUCUCGCAGGAUAAUAUGGAACGCGAAUAUGAGAUCGUGGGUACAUUGCAUAUCCUGGCCAAUGCUGGCGCUGACCCAGAUCAUGGCUUCAUUACUGAUUGUCAUUCUUCUGCAAAGUCGUCGAUGGGAAUGAGGAAGAUCGAGACACCUCGGCAAAUGGCUAGGAAGCACGCCUUUGUAUCAGUCCGAGAUAUGUUCCGUUUUGAAGAGGAAAAUAUCUACAGAGAUUGGUGCGAAGAAGCGAAAGAAGAGAGUGAUAAACGCGUGGCGAACGCGACUGCAAGCUGGGGCAACGAUGAGAACACAACAUUGGAGCCUACGAUUACCGCCGAAAUACCGGUGAAGACGAAGAAGAAAUCCAAAAAGCAAAAGGAAAGAGCGGCUGUCAAAGAGCAUGAGCAGAAUUUCCCUGCUUUGAAUGGAACUGGUGGUGCGGCAAAGCCAAACGAGAAUCUCCCGCCACAGCUCCACAGAGGUGGUCAUGUCUCGAGAAAAUCAGCGGAGUGGGAGAAAAUUCAGUCGCCGAAGGUUCUGAGAACGGAAGUUGUGGACAGUCUUGCAGUGAAACCAGUCGCGAUAGAUGUGGGAGUAGAUCAGAGCAGUAAUGAUAGAAUGUCGAAAAGCAAGGCCAAGGGUGGGAAGAAUAAGUGGAAGAAAAUGAUAUUCUAA